UGCUAGCAGGCUGGAGCCUUGGUCAGCUUAAGCACCUUCCUCCAGUCAGUGACCAACUCUUGGCAUAGUGAAGAUACUGCUCGCCCCCUCUGUUCCCUUCCAGCCUCUCUUUCGCUACGAGAGCGAGCCCCGCGGGUGGCAGGCGGAGGAAGAGCAAAUAAAGGAGGACUACAGAGAAGAAAAGACCAGGCUGGGUCUGGGUGGUGUCUGCAGUGCCAGAAAGAGGUGGCAGCUGUAGCUGCGACCACGGCCGCGCGGGACGUGAGGCCAGAGAGCAGCCGGCGGCGGCGGCGGCCGCUCCAGCACCUCGCGCCGGGGCCGUUAGUCAGCAGAACGGGACUUCGUGCCGAGGAGCAGGACCCGCACGAGGCGAGACUCCGGAGCGCAAGCCGGGCCCCCUCGGGCGCCGCCGUCCUUCCUGGUCCGGGCGCCAGGGACUGCAGCCGUCGUCCCUCUCCUCGGCCGGGCCCGUCCGCGGGCGGGGAGAGUCGGGCGGCGGCGGGAGCGCGGAUCGCGCCCUCUCGAGGACAGAGUGCCGGCAAAGGUUCUCCCGGCCCGUUCUUCCUGGCGCCUCAGCUGCGUCCCCUCAGGUGCAGCAGUCCAUGCAGUCUAUGUCCUCCAUCACAAUUGAGGUUCCCUAGCAAACUCAUCUGAAUUUCGAGUCCUGUAAUCUCACAGAGGAGUGCCUCUGCUGUUGAUUCCUGUAAUUGUCUAAAAGAAGAAAGAAAUGCAGCCUACCCCGGAGACAGAGAAGAGUUUCACAAGCUGUGUUUCUGCACAGAGAAGACAGAAAAUUUGUUAAAACAUCUUAUUAGGCACCUCCUUUCUCAGUUACACUUAGCAUAAAUUUUGACAAUUAUGAGUAUUUGUAUGUUCCAUCCUUACUGAAAAGGAGCAUUUUGGCAAACUCUGAAGGCUAUUGGACCACUGACACCGUGGCUGAAAUGAUAGGCUCCUGAGACAAAUGUUCUGAGCCCUUGUCGCAGUGUAGAGCAUUGAUGUAUCACAGUGAUUGAGCCUGGCAUCAAAUCCUGGCUCCACCACUACCUCACCUUGUGGAAAUUUCUUUUCUCAGAAGAUGAAUAAUCUUUCAUUUAGUGAGCUAUGUUGCCUCUUCUGCUGCCCACCUUGUCCAGGAAAAAUUGCUUCAAAAUUAGCAUUUUUGCCACCUGAUCCAACUUACACACUGAUGUGUGAUGAAAGUGGAAGCCGCUGGACUUUACAUCUAUCAGAAAGAGCAGACUGGCAAUAUUCUUCCAGAGAAAAAGAUGCUAUUGAGUGUUUCAUGACUAGAACCAGUAAAGGCAACAGAAUUGCCUGUAUGUUUGUGCGUUGCUCACCCAAUGCCAAAUACACUUUACUCUUCUCACAUGGAAAUGCUGUUGAUCUUGGUCAGAUGAGCAGCUUUUACAUAGGACUGGGAUCACGGAUUAAUUGUAAUAUAUUUUCAUAUGAUUAUUCUGGAUAUGGUGCAAGUUCUGGGAAACCAACAGAGAAGAACCUCUAUGCAGACAUUGAAGCUGCUUGGCUUGCUCUUAGGACAAGAUACGGCAUUCGCCCUGAAAAUGUGAUUAUAUAUGGCCAAAGUAUAGGGACAGUACCUUCUGUGGAUCUUGCUGCUCGGUAUGAGAGUGCUGCUGUUAUUCUUCAUUCUCCUUUGACCUCGGGAAUGCGAGUCGCUUUUCCUGAUACCAAGAAGACCUACUGUUUUGAUGCAUUCCCAAACAUUGACAAAAUCUCUAAGAUAACCUCCCCAGUAUUAAUAAUUCAUGGGACUGAAGAUGAAGUCAUUGACUUUUCACAUGGCCUUGCAUUGUUUGAGCGUUGCCAAAGACCUGUGGAGCCUCUGUGGGUUGAGGGAGCAGGUCACAAUGAUGUGGAACUUUAUGGACAAUACCUUGAAAGAUUGAAACAGUUCGUGUCACAGGAACUGAGCAGAACGAGGACUAUAAGGUGAAAAUCACAAUAUGGAAGAUUAGAGUUCAAUGUAAGAAGGAACUUUAUAGUUAAUUGUCCAUGAAGGAAAAGGAUUAAUGAGUAUCUUACCACUGAAGGCAGAACAGAAGUUGAAUGACAUCUGUCAUGGAUGUGCUGAAGAAAUUACAGACUUAAAUGGAAGUGAAACGUAGUUGUAGUAAGUAAAGUCCCUUUAACUAAGAUUUUAUAUUCGAUUCAGAUUUCCCCUGCCUACUCAGACUAUUGCUUGCCCUGCAACAUGUAGCGGGCAGUAUGACGGAGAAGAAAAUCAAAUUGUCAAUCAGAUCUAGGCUGCCUUCUUAGCAGAAACUACUAAUUAGAUUUGUGAUGUUGGGCAAGUCACCUCUCAGGGCCUCAGCUUUCUCACUUGAAAUGAAGAGAUUGAACUGUUGAAUAUAUUCCCUUACCCUUCUACUGUAAUAUGAAAAUCUCAUAGGUGCACCCCUAUGUAAUGGCUCAUACCAAUUUUUAACCUUGGCUAGAGUAGCCCCAGAAAGCUCGUGUAUGAUAACUUGGCUUUUGUGCAUACCAACAUGAUGCAAAUUGAAUGGUAACUCUAAUCCUUGGGAAAUGGCCAGCAGUGUACAUUGCUGUAGUAAACACUGAUAAAAGUAUCAAAAUAGUUAUUUUAAUUAGAGAUGGGUAGGCUUUUAUCUUGUUGCUUUGUUUUAAAAUAGGCAACAUAUUCAAAUACCAUAAAUGUAAUGUUGCACUAUAAUAAUCUACUCCCCAAAAAUCCAGUAAUCAAAAAAUGUAACAAUUCGUGGAUAUAUUUGGAAUUAGGUUUUGAGUUACAAUUUGCAGGGUGCAGUAUAAAGAAAGAAGGCAGUUGUCUACUACCGCAUCUCUAAAUAGAUUUUUUAGAGAUGACGGAAUCAUUCAAUGAGUAAUGCUAAGGAAGGAAGCAAACACCUUAGCCUGGAAAUGACCCACUUGACAUUAGAGUUUAAAAAGAGAAAGAAAAAAAACAAAACAGGAAUUAAAGCAUAGUAUCUUUACAAAUGUCAGUGAGCUAAAAACUAGUAAACCACAGCUGGUUCUUUCAUAUGAAGCCAGAUGGACUUGAAAUUAUUUUACUCCCUCUUUAUUUCCUUUUGUAGGCCACAUAUUAAACUUGCAUGAUACAAUUAAAACGCUUCUAGAAAAAAAUGCAAUAGUUAUACAUUAAAAAAUGAGAUUCCUAUAUUAGAAAAAUUGGAGAGAUGCUGUUCUAAAAUAUUUCAUUGUGAUAUUUUUUAUCUGCUGAUAAAAUGCAAAUUUCAGCUAUUAUAAUACUUGAUUAAUUCAGAAUUGAAAGUUUUUUUUCCCAAAAGAACUGCUUAAGGCAGUAUUGUGGUAAGGAGGAUAGUAGGCUUUAUAGACAUUUGAAUCAAAAAUUUAAAAUAUACUUUAUUCCAAUCUUUCUUUUUAGCUGUUUUCCAAUUACCUCCUAAAUAUGGUGGAUUCGUAGAACAUGAAUCAAAACUUCUAAUCGACAUUCUACAUGUGAUACUGUCAAGAAUGAAAUAAAGUAUCCAAUGUAAUAUUAAGUGAAAAAAGAAAAAUAAAAUUGAUGUAUAUUGAUGUAGUAACAUAAUUACACCUCUGUAAAAUAAAAUGUGAAUGCCUGUGUAAUAAAACCAGAAGGGAAUAUAUAUAAUGAAAAAUGAAUGAGUUGAAUUAAUGGGAUUAUGAGUGACCUUUUCCCCUCUUUUUUUAGAAGGGUAUCUUUUAUAUGGCUAUAUUAAAAAAGAAACACCUGGUUCUUACCUUCAGAAGCCUGGGCUUCUGAAACCAUAGUACUCCAAUAAAGGCCAAAACUCUCAAAUGUAUU